UCCGCCUCCUCCGCCCCCGCCGGGGAAAAGCCCGGGAGCGGCGCCCGCCGCGCACGCUCCGGCCUCGCGGCUGACGGCGCCGCGGGGGUGGGGACCAUGCCCGGGGCGGCGGCGCCCUGCCGCGGCUCCGCGGGAUAGCGCGGGGCGCCGCGCACCUCCCGAGGGUCGCCCCGAGCCGGCAGAGGCUGGAGCGGCGGGGCUUGUCUAACACUACCUUGAGCCAAAUUCCUAGACUGGUUGGUGCUUUCUCAUGGGAUCCCUGUGACUGACAAAGGAGAGAUUGUUGUGACUGUUCUGCAAUGACUACAGCAAGAUAUAGGCCUACCUGGGACUUGGUACUUGACCCGUUAGUAUCCUGCAAGCUCUGCCUUGGUGAAUAUCCUGUUGAGCAGAUGACAACAAUAGCACAAUGCCAAUGCAUCUUCUGUACCCUGUGCCUAAAGCAGUAUGUGGAACUGUUGAUCAAAGAAGGUCUAGAAACAGCAAUCAGCUGCCCUGAUGCUGCCUGCCCAAAGCGAGGUCAUCUGCAAGAAAAUGAGAUUGAAUGCAUGGUUGCAUCAGAAAUCAUGCAAAGGUAUAAGAAGCUACAGUUUGAAAGAGAAGUGCUUUUGGAUCCGUGUCGGACUUGGUGUCCAUCCUCUACUUGCCAGGCAGUUUGCCAGCUCCAGGAACCAAGCCCACAGGACCCCCAGCUGGUCCAAUGCAAAGCCUGUGACAUUGAGUUCUGCUCUGCUUGCAAAUCUAAUUGGCAUCCAGGUCAAGGCUGUCAAGAGAACAUGCCAAUCUCUUUUCUUCCAGGAGAAACAAGUUCAGUUUUUAAAAUGGAAGAUGAUGAUGCUCCAAUCAAACGCUGUCCAAAGUGUAAAGUUUACAUUGAACGAGAUGAAGGCUGUGCCCAAAUGAUGUGUAAGAACUGCAAACAUGCCUUUUGCUGGUACUGUCUGGAAUCUCUUGAUGAUGAUUUUCUCCUUAUACAUUAUGACAAAGGACCUUGUCGAAAUAAGCUGGGACACUCCAGGGCAUCUGUUAUCUGGCACAGAACACAGGAGCUGACUGUAGGGGAAAGUCCUUGCUCUGGUGGUAGGAAUUUUCGCAGGAUUUGGUCUUCUACUUUUGGUGGCUUCCCCCUUCCUUCUACUUGCUACACCAUUUGUUCUGUGCUGCAAGUGCAAAUGUAAUAAAGGAGAUGACGACCCUCUACCUACCUAGACUGAGAGAAGAUUGGACUCAUCACAACAUGUGUUAUGAUUUUAUUGUUGCUGUUGAUGUUUCCCUCUUGCACUUACAUUGCUGUAGCCUUACUUGCCCCGUUCUGCUUUUCAUUGACACACAGUCUUGGCUCCAGGAACUGUUGCAUAGAUAAUUGAUAAUAGACAAGGAGUGUAAUGGAAGGCAAGUUUGGUGCUAAAGGGAGAGCAUGGACCCAGGUAGCUAUCUGAAAUGAAGAGGUGAUACUUCUAAAAAUAAUUCUGAUGCCCUGCUGGUGGACUGGGAACUGUGCUGAAUCACAUCAGCAAAACAAGCUAGAAAUGCAUACACAUCUAAACUUCCUGCAUAUCUGUUCACUUCAAAAUUUGGUGUCUUAUUCCUGUAUAUAUUUAAGUUGCCUAUCAUUUAAAUCAGAUAGUCAACUUAGUGUGACUUUAACAUGUUUAUUACACAUCUGUUUUUAUUAAAUCCAUCACAACGUCCUUUUUAGUACCUUUUUUCCAAGUGUAAGAAAAUCAAUAAGGUGCAUAUAGGCCAUCCUAUGCCUUUCUUUAAAUUUGCGGAGGGUUAGAAGGACAAAGUUGGUCCUGUUGCCUUCUGGGAAUUUUUUGAAGUCUUAUAAGAAAUUUGUUUGAUCGAAAGCUACAUUUUAAAAAUUAAUCAAUGAAGCUGUAAGGGUGAGUGUUGACACAAACCUGCCAUCUAAUCAAGGUUCUUUUAAAAAUGCAUUGAUGGUAUUGAUUACCGCUGGACCACUAGUGUUUUUCUGAACUGUUAUUUUUUGCUGUUGUUUAGGGUUCUGCUACACUUACAGGGCUACGUAACUUCUAAUCCAGGUAUCUUAAUCUUUUUAUAUAGAUAUAUAUAUAUAAUCCUAUUUAAACCAAAUGUGUAAAUAGCUGUGCUCUUGAAAUAUUUUGGAAGUUCAAGAUAGCUUGCUUCUGUCUUUAGGGCAAUUAUUAAAGAAUACAGGACUAACUUUACUAUUUAGCAGACUCUUCGGUUAUCAAUGAAUCUUUCCUUUUAAGUAUAAAAAUACAUCAGGAUUAUCCCUGUAGUUAAUAAUAAAAAUGCCUGGGAUAUUUGUGGAAGUUGUACUUUAUAUUUAAACUACUUAGCCCAUUUUCAGAGUUGAUAUCAUAUGAUGUAUGGUGUAUGCUGUUAAUAACAAUGCUGUGAUGAAACAAGUUUUUCUUUGAGAAGUAAUCACUUGAUUUGAUAGUUUUACGGAAUUCACAGUGCUGUGUUUCCAGGGUAGUAAAGCGUGCUAGUCAACAUUCUAUUAAUCAUUGUAGUUUCUCUUUAAAAAUAUUUUAUUGAAAACCAUUUUGUUCUGAUUUUAAAGCAUACAAGAAUUUGACUAAUAACUCCUUGCCAUGAAAUAUGGAGCACCUGAAACAACGUGUAUGUCUGUGUGUAGUACUGAAGGAAAACAUUCUGUUGAAUGGCUUGUGGACUGACGUUUGGCUGCGGUUUUUUCAUCAUCAUUUAUUUCUGUGUAUUACCAAUGUACAAGGGUGGAUGAAUAUGUUGAAGCCAGAAUAACUUUGCACUCAAAAUAUAAGACCCUUAAAUACAACUGCUUCUGGCUGCUGUCACUGGCUGGGAAUAUGUUUUCAUAACUCAAGCAUAAGGAAAUGACUCCUUUCUUUAUUAUCUUUCAUUUUAUACUGUCCAUUUGUUAAAUAAAAAGACUGUAGGGUACAAUUUUGGAAAGGGCCACUGUCUUUUUAUAAAAAUACUCUUGAAUUUCUUCUCCUCCCCCUUCUUCCAAGUUUAAUAGUUUCCAAAAUCAAACUGUACCUAACUACAGGUUUUAGCUCCGGGAGCUGGAGGUUAUCUGCAAUUCAAGCCAAAUUAUUUGGCUUGAUUUUAAUGAGUUCAGCCAUUAUAAAAUUAAAAAAAAGGAUAGCUGGUUUCCAGCAAGUCUGAACUCCUUGUGAUAUCUUCAGAUUAUUUAUGGCAAUGCACAAUUCAGAACCUCACUCAUAAUAUCUGUUUUUGUUAUCACAGAAUUUUUAGUAUUUUAGGUAUCUUUGUUAUUAAAAAUUCCUUACUUGUUCAAAAAUGCCUGUAGGGGAGUCUGGAUAGUGCAUUCAAUCACCAUUUGCUGGUCCCUGGUGGGGUGUGAAGCGCUGCUGGGUUCAGUAGGCAGUGAAGUGAUUGUCUCACUCCAGCUCUGGCAGCAACUCAGUCCGUCUCCCCAGAGGUACCCUAAGCCGAGCACCUGGCUCGUCCUGAGCCAUAGCUUCAGUGUGCAGAAGUAAUGGAAACCCUUCUGCGAAGGACAGCUUCCUCCAGGUAAGCUUAAACUAUGACCUUAUAUCCUUGGCCCUUUAAUUCUAUUUAACUGGAGAAAAUAAUGGGACAAGAGGACAUCAAGAUUUCAUGGGUUGUCCAUUUUCUAAUUGGGAGCACUACAGGAUUUUGCUGUAUGUGGCAGUGGCUCUAAUGGCCAGUUCUACUACUGGGAUGACAGUAAACAGCAGAGGUGCAGUGGCCUGUUAAGAGUACCAGACUGUCCUGGUAUGAGGUUUAUUUUCUCUGUGCCUUUCUUAGAGAUGGCUUUUAUGUGGCAAUAUAGUGAAGCUUGAGUUUUCCACAUUUGUGUGACCAGUUAUUAAUCAAUGUCAAAAGAAAUGUAUUUCCAGACUGAAGAAGAAAAAAAAAAAAAAGUCCUUUACAAAUACAGACAUUUUAAAAUGACAGUUCAUAAUUAAUGCUCACAGGUAAUAUUAUAUACAA